UAAAAACAUUUGUGGGUGUGGGGCUUUGGGUUGAACUAAAAAUGUGUACCUCAAGUGCCCUUUCGAAAAAACCCAAACCAUUUUCGAUUGAGGUGAAAUUUUUCUUCCUUAUCUCGGAAUAUGGCGGAUUUACUCAGAAAUGGAGAUGUUGCUGUAAAACUUGGAGCUUUUGAACAACAAGCUCUCAUUCAUGACUUCUCAACUUCUGCUUCUGCUCGAUUCAACGCCACUCUCAAUCGCCUGAGUAAGUGGCUGGUGGCUGCAGUUUUUGUUAUAAUCUUCCUUUGGAGGCAUGACACAGAAGCACUUUGGGCAGCUUCUGGUUCUAUUCUGAAUGCUGGGCUCUCAACCGUAUUGAAGAGAAUACUAAACCAGGAGCGACCUGUUUCUGCUAUAAGAUCAGACCCGGGAAUGCCAUCUACUCAUGCACAGUCAAUUUUCUAUACAGUGAUGUUCUGUAUUGUCUCAAUGGUAGAAUAUUUCGGGUUAAAUGGAGUCACUGCAGUCAUUAGUGCACUUAUCUUUGCAAUUGGCUCCUACUUGUCAUGGCUACGGGUUUCACAACAACUCCAUACUACCAGUCAAGUAGCCGUAGGUGCUGCACUGGGAUUCUCUUUCUCCAUUUUCUGGUUUUGGUUGUGGGAUGCAAUAGUCCUUGAUGCAUUUAUAUCCCACUUGUGGAUUCAGAUUCUUGUUGUUCUUGGCACUGUAGCCAUUUGUGUUAGCUUUCUCCUAUAUGUUUUCCGAUACUGGGUUCUUGAGAAAAACUAAUUCUUUAUAGUAUAGUGAGAAAGUACUCAGGAUUCUGGAAGUGUUUGAUAACAAUUCUAGAAGGGGUUAUUGGCAGGAAAUUACUCCCCAAUGACCUUGUAAAUGAUUGAUUUUGAACUUUUGACCUCGUUUGUUCCACGGGUAAACCUUCACGAUGGGACAAACACUGUCGAAAGUUCAAUAUCACUUGUGUACAUUGCUCAGCAAAGUUGACAUACCUAUUUUUUUUUCUUUUGAUA